AUGACACAAGAGUUUACGAGAACACAGAUUUUCGGAACGGUAUUCGAAACAACGUCCAGAUACACGGACCUGAACCCUGUGGGGAUGGGUGCGUUUGGUCUGGUGUGCUCUGCGAAGGAUAAGUUGACGCAACAGAACGUUGCCAUCAAGAAGGUUAUGAAGCCGUUCUCCACAGCUGUGUUGGCAAAGAGAACGUAUCGCGAGCUCAAACUGCUCAACCAUCUCAGACACGAGAAUCUGAUUUCGCUUGACGAUAUUUUCCUGUCGCCACUGGAAGACAUUUAUUUUGUCACCGAGCUUCAGGGAACGGAUUUACACAGAUUGCUGACGUCAAGGCCUUUGGAGAAACAGUUCAUCCAGUACUUUUUAUACCAAAUCCUACGUGGACUCAAGUACGUGCACUCUGCGGGGGUUAUCCACAGAGACUUGAAACCAAGCAACAUCCUAAUUAAUGAAAACUGCGAUUUGAAAAUAUGCGACUUUGGCCUCGCCAGGAUCCAAGACCCGCAGAUGACAGGUUACGUUUCCACUCGGUACUACCGUGCACCGGAAAUCAUGCUCACGUGGCAAAAGUACGACACAGAGGUGGACAUCUGGUCUGCAGGGUGUAUUUUUGCAGAGAUGAUUGAAGGCAAGCCACUGUUCCCUGGCAAAGACCACGUUCACCAGUUCUCGAUCAUCACCGAGCUUUUGGGAUCCCCGCCUGCAGACGUUAUUGACACCAUUUGCUCAGAAAACACGCUCAGAUUCGUCCAGUCGCUUCCUCACAAAGAGCCAGUCCCAUUGUCUGAACGAUUUAAGGGUGUCGAGCCUGAGGCCGUCGACUUGCUUUCCAAGAUGCUUGUUUUCGAUCCUCGCAAGCGGGUCACUGCCGAACAGGCACUCGAACACCCGUACUUGAGCCCGUACCACGACCCUUCGGACGAGCCGACCGCUGAGGAGAAGUUUGACUGGAGUUUCAACGACGCAGACCUGCCACUUGAUACUUGGAGAAUAAUGAUGUACAGCGAGAUUCUGGACUUCCAUGAGAUCGAGAGCUCGGAGGCUUUGAAUGGCAGCAACGUCCAGCAGGAGCAGUAUGAAGCAGAAAUGAUACAGCAGCAACAUCAGCAGAGUGCUGGACAACCUGUCAGAGACAUGAACUAG